GUUUGGACGCAUCCUUUCUCAGCCACCUCGGAUACCAUUCAUGCCCUCGGAAGGCCUCCGAAGACCUUGAAUAGCAGCAGCAGUAGGUAUCAUGUCAGGCGGCCUUUACGGUGUCAAGCAGGCCUCCAAGACCAAGACCAAAGAAAUUUCCUCCUCUACCUCCCUUGCUUUCUCCACAAACCUCGCGUCACUAAUCUCCAGUUCCUCGACUUCCCAGACCAAAUCCAGCUCUGGCCGUCCCCGACCCUCCAAAGACAAGUCUGACAUCUUCACCGCACAUAACAAAAAUGUCAAGAAACGCUCCGCGGCCGAUCUCGAGGAUGGCCAACAGCGCCACAAAACAAGAGACGACAUCGGGUCAGUCGAUGCGGCAGAACUGCAUAGAUCCAAGAGGAAGAUGGAGGACAAAGUCCGCCUCUACAACGCUAUGAAGCGUGGCGAAUAUAUCGGAAGAGAAGACUACGACGAACGCGGUCUGAUCGACUUUGAUCGCAAGUGGGCAGAGAAGCAGGCAACCGGUCAAGCCAGUGAAUCCGGAAGUUCGGACUCGGAAGAUUCUGCUAGUGAUGCCGAAGAUGUCGUUGAGUACUUUGACGAAUUUGGUCGCUUGCGAAAAGGCACAAAGGCACAGGCUGCGAGAGAAGAGAGGAGGAAGCGGGUACAGGCUAAUGCUGCCGAAGAAGCGGAGCGCAUAUCUGCAAGACCGUCUAUGCCGAUCAACGUUAUAUACGGCGACACCGUUCAACACUCAGCAUUUAACCCUGACCAAGUCAUUGCGGACCGCAUGGCAGAUCUCGCGAAGAAACGAGAUAAAUCUGCCACGCCUCCCCCGGAUACUCAUUACGACGCCAAUGCUGAGAUUAGAACGAAAGGCACCGGGUUCUACACAUUCAGCAAAGAUGCAGAGGAACGACAGAAAGAAAUGGAUGCACUGGAGAAGGAGAGACUGGAAACGGAGAAGGUUCGAAAGGAGAGGGAAGAGAAGAAAGAACAGCGGCGGAAGGAGAUUGAAGAGCGUCGCAAGCUGAUUGCUGAGCAGAAAGCCAAAGCUCAGGCGGACAAAUUCUUGGACAGCCUGGAUAUCGAAGGCGUGUGAGGUAUCGAGACGUCUUAUGACUGACAAUAACUGUCGCUUACUAGCCCGCCACGGCGAUGCAUGGGAAAUCUGAUGCUCCUCUCAAGAACAUGAAAUCUACAAUUUGUGUCAUCCAGCGGAGACUCGAUAGCCUCCCGGGUCGACGAACCGAGGUGAUUAUCCAUGACUCGUCGACAGUGGCAACUUCUGCUUCCCUGGGAACUUGACCGGACCUUUUCGGGCUACGCCAAUACAGAGCCGCAAGCACCAUCCACGGCGCAAGUCCAGGCUCAUGCAGUCUCCCAACAUCUGGGUUCCGUUCAAGAUCUGGAUUCCAUCACCCACGCGAUCGACAAACAUCUGAAUAGUCUCGCUCGCGAAAGCGAAGAUAUCAACGUUCCAAAAUGUCGCGGCAUAGCAUCUAUCAUAUCAUCCAAACGCUCUGGAGCCCGCAUUCGAACAGAGGCAGUCCAACAAACUGCGAAUCCUAGUCCAAGAGCCACGCCUCGCACGAUCGGAAGCGUUGAUAUUGUAUUGCGGCCUGCAAAGUUCCUUACUUUUGUCACAACCAGCAAACGGCCAUCGACACUACUGGGUGCUGGAGGAUCGGUAUCUGCUACUGUCUGACACUCGGGACCCAGCCCAAACACCGAUUCAGCCAUAGUCACCGCCUGGCUCGCUCACCCGCUUCCCAACUUGAGCCAUCCAACCCAGUGUACAGAGUAAGGAAGCAACCCGUAAUUCUUAACGCCCGGAGUCGGUCAAGUACGAAUACCAACCUCGCUGUCCAUGCCUAAGGGUUCACAGGCAGACUCAGACUUGUCGAAAGAGAAUAGUAACAUAUACACAACCCUAACAUAUAAUUUGCAUUACUUCGAUGAGUGAUAUCGUUCCAAUCUCCGCAAAACAUUCGACGUAUGGAGUGCA